CAAUCAUAUGAGAGUAUAAUAAAAAAUUGAAAUUAAACGUUGUCAUCGCCGACUUAAAAAAUUUAGAGCUUUAUUUUAAGAGCAAAAAUUAAAGCUUAUUUUCUACUUUCAGCAAAAGUUUCAAUGUUCCGAAUUCGAUAGACGAUAGUACAUCACAUUGAGGAAGAAUUGAGAAAAUGGCGUCGUCACUUCUUCGCCGGAGAUUACAAUCUUUCAACGUUUCGCGUCAUUUUCACGUAAUCACAGAUACUUUCAAGAGCUUCCCCUUGGAUUUGAGGUUUCUACUACCGUCUAGUCAUUAUGGUUGCUUGAAGCACUUCAGCAGUUGCCCUACUUCUAAAUUUGAUUUCACUGACUUAACUUCUCCUCAUACAUGGUACCCAAAUGCUCGUAAGAAACAACGAACAGUUAUUCUCCAUGUGGGACCGACAAACAGUGGUAAAACAUACCUUGCAUUAAAGCAGUUGGAAUGUAGCUCAACGGGCGUGUACUGUGGACCUUUAAGAUUAUUGGCUUGGGAAGUUGCAAAGCGUUUGAAUAAAGCAAAUGUUCCAUGUAAUCUAAUCACUGGACAAGAGCAUGAGGAGGUUGAAGGUGCAAAGCACAUGGCUGUCACUGUUGAGAUGGCAGAUGUGACAUCUGACUAUCAAUGUGCGGUUAUUGAUGAGAUCCAGAUGUUGGGUUGCAAAAGUAGAGGUUUUUCCUUUACUCGUGCUUUAUUGGGGCUUGCUGCAGAUGAACUCCAUCUAUGUGGAGACCCUGCUGCUGUACCUCUUAUCCAAAAAAUAUUGGAAGUUACCGGUGACAUCGUGAAGAUACAUUAUUAUGAUAGGUUAUCACCUCUAAAGCCAUUAGAGGAGCCUAUUGGAUCUUUUUUGAAUGUAAAAAGGGGAGAUUGCAUAGUAACCUUUUCACGCCGUGAAAUAUACAAAUAUAAAGGAAAAAUUGAACGUGAGGGGAUGCAUCUUUGCUCUGUUGUGUAUGGUUCAUUGCCUCCAGAAACUCGAACAAGACAGGCAACUAUGUUCAAUGAUGUUACCAGUGAGUUUGAUAUUCUUGUAGCAAGUGAUGCAAUUGGAAUGGGUCUAAAUCUAAACAUUUCGAGAAUUAUAUUUUCAACUUUACAAAAGUUUGAUGGUCAAGAGAUGCGUGAUCUGACAGUGCCUGAAAUCAAGCAAAUAGCAGGUAGAGCUGGGAGAUAUGGGUCUAACUACCCUGUUGGUGAAGUGACAUGUCUGAACAGGAAAGAUCUACCUCUACUCCACACAUCACUUAGCUCUCCGUCUCCUGACCUAGAGCGUGCUGGACUCUUCCCUAGCUACGAUCUUUUGCUUCUGUAUUCAAGAGCUAAUCCACAAAGUGGACUAUACCACAUAUUGGGACCGGGGAUGAUAGACUGCCAAAAGGGUUUAAAAUGCCAUGAGCUCCAACUUUCUCUCUUCCUUACCGUCUUUGCACAUGCCCUCAAUAUUAGCAAAUCCUUAACCCUUUCUUAUAUCUUUGUUUCGAAUUCCUUCCCUCAAGGUAUGUCUACUGAAGAAUUCAGAUUUCCGCAACUCAUCUUUUUCGCAUUAUGUUUUGUGUGCUUUAUACUUGGUUUUGAAUGGUUUUAUGUGUAGAAAACCCUUUCUUCAGUCCAUCAACCCCGGUCUCUGUAGAUUUCUUUGAAACACUGAGUGAUAAAGGAUUACCAGCAGAGUACAUGUUUUGUUUGGAUUGUAUGUCUGGAUGAGUUUUAAAGAAGAGCUACUCUUUCUUAACUUGCUUUUCUUUCUAUUGUUUGUAAUUUUUAUAUAUCCAUUUUCUGGGAUUAGAGAUGUUUAUGUGGAUAAUAUAUGCAGGAAGGCCAAAGUUUUUGUUGACACUAAAUUGCUUAUAGAGAGGCUUAUUUAAUAUUCUAAACCAGGAGAUCACAGUUAUCAAAUUCCAAGUUUGAUUUACGAUCCUACGAUCCAAAAAUAGGUUGGCAUUAUAAAUUGGUAGUAUCUUACUUAACCUAAUUGGCAUAAAAUUUGAGUGGUAAGAUAAGAACACGAUUCUACGCUCAUGCGAUUCGUUUCAGCAAUACACAAUCGUAAUUGCUUUUUCUUAAUCACCAUUUUUCACUAAUUUAGUUCACAUACACAUAUGUUUGAUUACUCCAUGAUUACAAUUUAAAAAUGAUGUUUAAUUGUGUUUCAUUCCUUAAAAUAAAUUUAAAGAAAAACUAUAUUACAAAUCACACUUUUGAAAUGAAAUUUCAGGGAAUAAUUAUUUUAGCAUAAUUAAGUUUAGUUGUAACAUUUGAUCUUGCCAAUUCGAUCCUACCACUUGGUGGGAUUCAGAUCCUGACAACCUUAUUGGAGAUAUUGAUAGGUUUUGAAAUCACCAAGACACCAAAACGGUUUACAUCUAAACUUUUUAAGUUCUAAAGAGUAUACACUCAAUUUGCUAAUUUUUCUCAUAUCAAAAGUUUGUGCGAUGCGACAUUAUGACUAAUCUUGUAAUGUGAACAAUUUUCGUUACGCUGUCUGCUUUGUGUUGAUUAAUCAUUUACUAUAGCCUUUGCCUUCUGAUGGUUUGACUUAUUAUUCUUUUAUCUUGUAUUUUCCUCUUUCCAUUGAGUAUUAGUUAAAUUUGUGGUCUAUAAUCCCAUUCCUUC